AUGGCCGUGCCGACAGAGGCGGCGAAAGAAAAACCGCCACUUCAUGCGUACCCCGAGGCGAAGGUUGGGACUCAGUUUUUUUCUCAUCAUGGCAUUUAUUCCGAGCGGUAUAAUGGCGUAUGUGCUCUCACAGGCUCCAUUGUUCUUAUGGCGUCUGGAAGGUAUGUUAUGUUUGUGGAUGUGGUAAGCGGUAAAAUAAUGUCGACCCCAGGUCCUGAGAAUGGUGGUGUGGGAGCGGUUGCGGUGCAUCCUUCGCGGCGAUUUUAUGUUGUGUGUGAGAAAUUGCCGGAAAAUCCAUUGAUUCGUGUGUACACCUGGCCCUCACGCAGGGAGGUGGGGCAGUUUGUGGGCGGCGCUACCAGAGGAUUCAGUGCAUGUUGCUUUAGCGCGGAUGGAACCAUGAUGGCAACUGUUGGAAUGUACCCUGACUAUUCCCUGGCAGUGUGGAACUGGAAAACACGGGGGAUGAUUUUGCGCAACAAGUGCUAUGGUUCCGAUGUGUACACGGUCUUGUUUAGCUCUUUUGACAGUGGUGUUCUUGUGACAGGCGGGGCAGGACACAUCAAGUUUUGGUCGAUGGCAAAGACAUUCACAGGACAGAAGCUGCAGGGAGUUUUGGGUAAAUUUGGAAGGCUGGAGAUAAGCAAUGUGCCGGGUUUUGCCGUAUUGUCGGAUGGCAAAGUGCUCUCGGGCUCCGAGAGUGGACUUAUCCUCCUGUGGGAGGGUGAUCUUGUGCGCUGUUGCUUUGUUCGGGAGAUUAAGAAGACCGCGGUGGAUGGAGCAGCUGCUCUGGCGGUACAAACAUAUGAUUACUGGCCUUGUCAUGAGGGCACGAUAAAUGUGGUGGAGCUUCUUGGGGAUGGUCGUAUUGUGCUCACAGCAGGAGAAGACGGGUAUAUGCGCUACUGGCUUGCUAGUGAGUUGGAGACGGCAGAGGGCGAAGGUGCUCCGCCGUUGUAUGAGCCGAAAUGCCUUUUUGAGGUGCUUGUUGACCCUCAUGCUCACAUUCGCGCCUUGACACUUUGCCGUGAUAUGGAUGAAUGGGUCGUACUUGAUAGUACUGGGGUCUUGUGGCGCGUUCCUUUUAUUCCACCGAAUGUUAUUCUCGGGAGCUCGCCUGGCCGUAUGAAAGAACCAGCUCAGGCAGCGUUGAGGUUUAACGGUGGUGGUAUCACAAGUGCGGCCAUUUCUCCAAUUGAUCAUACGGUUGUGACAGGUGGUGAGGAUGGCACAAUUCGUCUUGUUGACUACGUGACGCCAUGUGAGGUGUAUAAACUGAUGAUGCCAGCAUCAACGACUGUCGUCGCCCUUCACUUCUUUCGCACGGACAAAACUGGGAUGAAGUUUAUUGUGUGCUGUGAAAAUGGAACAGUUGGACUUCUACAACGUGGAAAUAAGGCGUUUGCGUUGCUUGGCCAGUGGCGGCCACACACAGAGGGACUCACGGCGAUGGCGGUCGAUCGGGAAGAGCGCCGUCUUUGCACCAUUUCCACGAAUGGCACGGCAUUUUUUUUCGACAUUAAACGGGAUAUUUCCUUACUCGAGCCCAUUGGUUUUUGCCGUCUUCCGUUGAAAGAUGUUCGGUGCGUGGCGUGGGACGAUGCGACGUCGUGUAGCUUGGUGGGGUGCGAGUGUGGGAAGGUGUUGGCGAUCCGGGCACCCAAAAUGGAGGAGAUGGACCACACUGUGUCCUUCGAGUUUAAUUGCAUUUACGCUCUUGUUGGUAUCCGUCAGAAGAAGAAGGUAGAGAAGCAACAAGUCAAGGCAGCCACUGCGGGAAGGGUGGAAGGGCUGCAAGAAGAAGAAGAAGAAGAAGAAGAGGAGGAGGAAUUGGGGCCAUGGCCGGUGCGUCUUAUUUGUCCGCUACCGAGUGGCUCAUUUGCGGUGGGUUCCGGGGCGGCAGAGCUGCUGUAUCAAUAUAACCUUAAACGUCGAUACGAUAACCUUACGGAGC